GAAGACUUUGCGGCUCGUGAUGCUGUCAUCCCUGUUGCUGUUUUUGCUGGCGCCUGGAAUGUCGCUAGCUGCCGCCCCUUCUAAAGACCCGACACAGGCUCCCCGUUUCGUCACACAGCCGUCGUCAACGAACAGCAUCAUCGGCGAAGGACGCACCAAGAUACUGCAGUGCCAAGCCAUCGGUCACCCUCCUCCAAAAUACAGAUGGCUUAAAGAUGGAGUUGUUCUUAAUGACUUUUCAUCAGAACCUUUCUACAAGAUCAUCAACAUCCGGAAAGAGGACAAAGGAAGUUACCAGUGUAUAGCAAAAAAUGAUGCUGGAUCAAUUUUUAGUGAGAAACUGGAUGUCACUGUUGCAUAUAUGGGUAUAUUUGAAGAUACUGAAGAGAAGAUAGUGACUGUUGAAUCGGGCAAGGCAGCUGUUUUGGAUCUGCCAAGAAUAGAUAGCCAUCCACAGCCCUCUGUGACGUGGAUGUCUGAUAGUGGCACACUUCCAUAUGACAGAAAAUAUGCCUUCACACCUGGACAACUUAUUAUUCUGUCAGCUGAUUCAGGAGACCAGAGAGCAUACAGGGCUCGAGCAACAAAUACACAAAUUGGAAAGGAAGAAAAUAGUGCAUACAUAAGGUUGAAAGUUGAGGGAGAUUCUGGAAAAGAAGUUGCACCUGAAAUUAUCAUAAAGCCGCAAGAUAUGCAUGUUGUUAAAGGACAACAAUUGGCUGAACUGAAAUGUAUAGCAAAUGCAAGACCCCUGCACGAGUUGGAGAUACUGUGGAUGAAAGAUGGAAUUAUGAUAGAGAAUGCAGGCAUAUCAUAUGACUUCAGUUCAUUGUGGAACAAUACGCUAUCAUUAUUGAACGCUAAUCUGACUUACACGGGCCUGUACUCAUGCCAAGUUAGACUGCGCAGUGGUGGUUUUCCAGUGGUUUCAGCAUCUGCAAAUGUCAUGGUUCUUGAGAAACCAUCAUUUGCAACCAAUCUGAGAACUGAAACUUUGGGAGAAUAUGGAGCAACGAUUUCAAUUCCAUGUGAAGCCUUUGGCGUUCCCAUGCCUAACAUUGUUUGGUUUCGGAACACUGAAAAGGUUGACUCAAUACCAGGCAAUAAGUACACUGUUGUAGAAGAUGGAUCUUUAGUUAUAAAAAAGCUAACUAUGGAAGAUUCUGGAAUGUUUCAGUGCUUGGCAGCAAAUGAGGCGGGAGAAGACUCGGCAUACACAUGGCUGAAAGUAAAAAAGCUUCGAAGAAGGGUACGUUGGGCCGCACCUAAUGUUGUAAGAGUUCGACAGUCUGAUCUAUCAUCUCGAAGCUUUCAUCUUUUGAGUGGGACUUCUGAACCGGUGUUAGAAGUCCCACCUCAGAACGUUACUGUUUUAGAUGGGAAGGAUGCAACAAUAACUUGCAGAGCUGUUGGAGCUCCAACACCAAAUAUUACCUGGUUUUAUCAGGAUAAUAAGCUUGUGGAAGCUUCAGGCAGGAUUCAGGUCCUGGAGUAUGGUGAUCUGUUGAUAGCUGCUGUUAGAGAGAAUGAUGCUGGGAAGUAUACUUGUAGGAGGGCGAAUGAAGGAGGCAUAGUGGAAGGAUAUGCAUUCCUUUCUGUCCUAGUUCGGACACAAAUAAUCCAGCCUCCGGUAGACACAAAAGUCUUACUUGGCCUCACAGCAACACUGCAGUGCAAAGUUUCGAGUGAUCCAUCAGUGCCAUUCAAUGUAACGUGGUAUCGUAAUAAAGAGAAAAUAGUUUUGGGCAACAGUCAAAGAAUAUCAGUGCAAGAUGAUGGUAUGCUGGAGAUACAGGCAGUGAGAGCUGCAGAUGUUGGUGAUUAUACUUGUGCAGUUACAUCUCCAGGUGGUAAUGACACUCGAUCUGCACAUCUGAGUGUCAUAGAAUUGCCAUUUGCCCCAGUAAAUGUGAAAGCCGUGAGAUUGGAUACAAAUACACAGAGAGCUGUAAAUGUUAGCUGGUCACCAGGAUUUGAUGGAAAUAGCCCAACUCUCAAAUUCAUUGUACAGAAGAGAGAAGUAUCAGACAUAGAUUUGAUUGCAGAUCCCCUUCUCAACUGGGUGACUGAAUUAAGCAAUGUCUCAGCACAACAACGCUGGAUACUUCUAACAAACCUCAAGGCAGCAAGUUCGUACCAGUUCAGAGUUAGUGCAGUUAACAGUGUUGGAGAAGGUUCACCAUCAGAACCAAGCAAUGUAGUACAUCUUCCUCAAGAAGCUCCAUCAGGUCCUCCAGUAGGAUUUGUUGGUACAGCAAGAUCACCAUCUGAGAUCAUAACGCAAUGGCAACCACCAUUAGAAGACCAUAGGAAUGGACAAAUUUUGGGAUAUGUUAUACGUUACAGGUUGUAUGGUUACAAUGAAAGUCCUUGGACAUACAAAAAUAUUACAAAUGAGGCUCAGAGGAGUUACUUAAUACAAGAACUGAUCACGUGGAAAGACUACAUUGUUCAAAUAGCUGCUUAUAACAAUAUGGGUGUUGGUGUUUACAGUGAAGGAAUGAAAAUAAAAACAAAGGAAGGAGUGCCAGAGGCAGCACCAACAAAUGUGAAAGCAGAAGCAGUUAGCUCCACCGCAGUGAAAGUUUGGUGGAAACCACCAGAUCCACAGAAAAUUAACGGCUUAAAUCAGGGGUAUAAGCUACAAGCUUGGAAAGGGAGUCCCUCAGAAAAUGGAGAUGAAGCAGUAACUAUAAGAGUCUUACCAAGUUUACUUGACCCUCUUGAAGAGCAAAGUGCAGUUAUCAAAGAACUCGAGAAAUACACUUUGUAUAAUAUCACUGUAUUGUGUUUCACAGAUCCUGGAGAUGGGAAAAGAAGUGACCCAGUUGAAGUCAGAACUAAAGAAGAUGUACCAGAUGAAGUUGGGAGCUUGCAGUUCGAUGAUGUAAGUGAUCGGGCUGUGAAGGUAAUUUGGAGUGCACCGAAACGAACUAAUGGAAUACUUAGAGGUUAUCAGCUGAAGUAUAUGCAGAAGGAUAGCUUAAGUGAUGUCAAAACACAAAACUUCACGGCUGAUGCCAUUAGCGUGAUGGUAAACAACUUACAAGCAAUGACCCACUAUCGCUUUGAAGUUUCUGCAUGGACUUCUGUGGGUUUUGGUCCUGUGAAAGUGGCAACCAUUCAGUCUGGUAUAGAACCAGUGUUACCUCAUCCACCUACAAAGUUAGCUGUCUCAAACAUUGAACCUUUUUCUGUGGUGCUGCAGUUUACUCCUGGAUUUGAUGGCAAUUCUUCAAUAGCUAAAUGGACAGUGGAGGCUCAGACAGCUCGCAAUGUCACCUGGUUCAUAGUAUACGAAAUUUCUGAUCCAGAUGCAUCAACAAUUACAGUUGGUAAUUUAGUCCCAUUCACAUUGUACAAGUUGCGGAUAAUUGCUAACAAUGUUGUUGGAGCAUCUGAACCAUCAGAGCCAACAAAAGAAUUCCAGACAAUUCAAGCACCACCAGCUCAUCCACCACAGAAUGUUACAGUUCGUGCAAUGAGUGCUACUGAACUGAGAGUUCGUUGGAUACCUCUUCAACAAACUGAGUGGUUUGGAAAUCCUAGAGGCUACAAUAUUACAUAUAGGCAGGUGGGAACAAAUGAAGUAUAUAGCGUCAAAAUCGAAGACCACACAGCAAAUUCCCAUAUUCUAGAUAAACUUGAGGAAUUUACACAAUAUGAAAUAAUGACACAAGCAUACAAUGAUGUUGGUAGCUCUGAUAUGAGUCCUGUUGCUGUGGAAUGGACAAGAGAAUCAGUUCCAUCGUUUGGACCAGAAAAUGUAGAAGCAAAUGCUACAUCUUCAACCACAAUUGUUGUAAAGUGGGGAAAUGUUCCAAAAGAACAUCAAAAUGGCCUUAUUGAAGGAUUCAAGGUAUACUAUGGUACCAACCCGCGACUUCCAUUUCAUUUCAAAGAUAUUCCAAAUAAUGCAACAUUUACUACUACACUCACGGAACUUAAGAAAUUUGUUCAGUAUCACAUUCAGGUCUUGGCUUACACAAGACUAGGUGAUGGAGCUUUAAGUAUUCCUCCUGUCCGUGUGCAGACAUUUGAGGACACACCUGGUGCCCCAUCAAAUGUAUCAUUUCCUGAUGUGUCAGUCACAACUGCACGUAUAAUAUGGGAUGUCCCAGAAGAACCUAAUGGAGAUAUACUAGCUUACCAAGUUACUUACCGCCUCUCUGAUGAGACGAAGGAUAACUUAUCAAGGGAGUUUCCUCCUUCUGACAGAACAUAUCGUGCAACGGAGCUACUCCCAGAGAAGUAUUAUCUGUUUUCCGUAACAGCACAAACCCGACUGGGUUGGGGGAAAACAGCAUUUGCCCUUGUCUUCACAACAAACAACCGAGAAAGACCACAGCCUCCAUCUGUACCACAGAUAAGCCGCAGUCAAGUGCAAAGUGAACAGAUAACAUUCAGUUGGACACCAGGCAGAGAUGGAUUUGCACCUUUGAGGUAUUACUCUAUUCAGCAGGCUGAAGGAUCUGGUCCAUGGCAAACAGUUCCUGAAAGAGUUGAUCCACAAGUUAAUUCCUACACAGUCAAAAAUCUUAAGCCAUUCACAACAUAUCGAUUUAGAAUUCAAGCAACUAAUGAUAUAGGCCCAAGUGGAUGGAGUGCUGAAUCAACAACAGUUAGAACACUUCCAGCAGCUCCCAGCAGGGGAGUAAAUGGGCUAAAAGUUGUUCCUAUUACAACAACAAGUGUUCAGGUUCAGUGGGAUGUUAUCGAAAAGGAAUACUGGAAUGGUGAUCACGAGACUGGAGGCUAUCGUAUUGUUUUUCAGCCAAUCUCUGAAUUCCCAAUUGUGCUUCAAACAACGCCUAAAGAAGAAGUCCGUGGUAUUGAGGCCAAUGAGAUUGUUCUUACAGAACUGACCCGGGAUCGCAAUUAUGAGAUUGUUGUCAUGCCUUUUAACUCACAAGGUAGUGGCCCACCAAGUCCCCCGGUCACAGUAUAUGUGGGUGAAGCAGUUCCUACUGGUGAACCUCGGGAAGUCAUUGCUGAACCUGUGUCGUCUACAGAAGUUCGGCUACGUUGGAAGCCACCUCAGCAGAACCAGCAAAAUGGAGAUCUUCUGGGUUACAAGAUAUUUUACUUAAUAACAGAAACAUCACAGGAUCUGGAUGACCAUAAAAUUGAAGAGGAGUUGGAAGUUGUGCCUGCUACAUACAACUCUCAUAGUUUGGUUUUCUUAGAUAAAUACACCAAAUAUAAAAUACAAAUUGUGGCUUUCAAUCCAGCAGGAGAUGGACCAAGAUCUGCACCAGUUAUGGUGAGAACAUUGCAGGGUUUACCUGGUCCACCAACUAACCUCAGGUUUUCUGAAAUCACGAUGAGCAGCCUGAGAGUGUCCUGGGAUCCUCCCAAGAAAAGAAAUGGUGAAAUAAUAGAUUAUAUAGUGACCUAUGAAACAGCGGAGCAAAAUGAAACUUUUAGUAAACAAGUCAAGCAGAAAGUUUCUGGAACAUCACUUCAAAUCCAGACAUUGGAAGAGGAAGUAACCUAUAUAUUCUCAGUACGAGCACAGACCAUAGAUUAUGGGCCCGCCACUAUAGCCAACAUCACUACGGGACCACAGGAAGGGUCUCCAUCUAAACCAAAAGAUCUAGUUAUGAGCAAAACAGCAUAUAGUGUUGACAUGCACUGGACAAAUGGACAGUCUGGCAAAGGACCAAUUUUGGGAUAUUACAUACAGUGCCGACGCAAAGAUGAUACAAGAUGGCAGACAGUGAUACGCACAAAAAAUGGGGAACUUCAAGAAUUUACCAUAUCUUACCAAAACUUAUUACCAUCAACAUCAUAUAAGUUCAGACUGAUUGCUUAUAACAAGUAUGGAAUUAGCUAUCCAGCUUAUUCUAAUGAUGUGGUUUUAACUCCAUCAAAGCUUUAUGUAGAAUAUGGAUACCUGCAGCAGAAGCCCUUUUAUCGGCAAACGUGGUUCAUGGUGGCUCUUGCUGCUGUCUCAAUUAUCAUUAUUAUAACUAUUAUAGCAGUACUUUGUGUUAAGAGCAAGAGCUACAAAUAUAAACAAGAGGCACAGAAAACACUGGAAGAGUCAAUGGCAAUGGAUAUAGAGGAUCGCCAUGAACUUGCUAUGGAAAUAUACAGUUCCCGUAGAAGUGGAGGAACUAGCAUGGCUGUGGGAAGCUGUGGGACAUUAUCCAAAAGAAAUACCCUUGGAAGGAAAUCAGUUCACCAGCCACCUGGACCACCUAUGUUGGGUAAAUCACCACCGAGGCCCUUGCCAUCAUCAGUUACCUACCACAGUGAUGAAGAGAGUCUUAAAGGUUAUGAUGAAAAUCCUGAUGACAGCAGUGUCACUGAGAAACCAUCAGAAAUAAGCUCCACAGAUUCACAGGGAUCGGAGAGUGAAAAUGAGAGUGAGCGAUCAGAUCCUCAUUCAUUUGUAAAUCACUAUGCAAAUGUCAAUGACUCUCUAAGCCAGUCAUGGAAGCGCCAGAAACCUGUUCGGAAUUAUUCCAGUUAUACAGAUUCAGAACCGGAAGGAAGUGCUGUGAUGAGCCUAAAUGGUGGACAAAUAAUCAUGAAUAAUAUGGCAAGAUCCCGAGCACCCCUUCCAGGGUUCUCUUCUUUCGUAUGACUAAGUGCCUUUAUUGUCUUCUGAAACUGAAGUAGGAAGGAAUUAACAGUUGUACUGUGAUGCAGUGUAUAGUUGCAGUCUAAGUCAGUGCUCGGCAAACAGACUGCAAAUUUUAAUUUGUACAGGCUGUAAGUUAUCUGUCGUGACAUACAAACUGUACAUAUGUAUAGAAACUUGUCUGUUUCUUCUCAUACAGAAAUCAAUGGCAUUAUAAGUUUACAGGUGUUUGCCUAGCCAUUUACAUGUGCCACGAAACUGAAACCAAAGGAUUGUUGUGUUCAUCAUUCACAAUACAACCACAGAAUUGUGUGGUAUCUUUUUGUAUUUAAUAUCAAGAGUGCUCCCUCAUUCCUUUAUAAAUCACUAGGUGAAUAUGAUGUGUUGAAUGAUUGAGCCAUUAUUUUCAUGUAUUUAUUAACAUUCGCAUCAGUAGGUGAAAAGAUUAAAACAUCAUUGUUAAUUUUAUUGAGUUCUGUUGCAUAGCCUAAGUACUGCCUUUCAUGCUCAUGCCACUAUUUUAACAGAUCUUUGCAACUAUUUUUCACUCUGUAUUUAAACUGAAGUGUUGACUUACGAUUGUGUUGUGCUUGAGUGAGUUAAGAAGCAACAAAUGUGAUGUCUGGUUUGUGAAUAUUUAUUUCAAAUUGAAAUGUGUGCCAGAAUGAGUGUUGUACAGUUGAUAGUAGCAGUGUUGACAAUGCUGUCAAGAGUAAUUUUAUAUGGAUCUUAUUCUUGAACAGUGUUUAGCUCCAAGAAAGCCAUUUAUAAGAAUAACGUGAAUGUUUGCUGUUAAAAACAAAAUGUUUUGUGAAAAAGAAGUGUGUUUCCUACAGAGAUCCACAUUGGGACCAAUUAAGAACAAGAUAAACAGAAUAACUGUUUACUAAGACAUUUUUGUCCCAGUGACAGUGCAUUUGAUUUAUGAUAAAGAACUAGUGCUAAGCAAAUCUGUGAUAUCAUUUUACAAAUUUUUAUUAUUGUAAUUAUUAUUAUUGUUACUGUACAUUUCCUGCACAAAACUGAGUGAUUAUACUGAACCUUUUAAAUAAUUUGCUGUUAUAUUACUAACUGUGCACAAAAGAAUUCAGCUGAUGUAAAAAUUGGUAUUGCACUGUAUUUCCAAGAACGUUAUUUGCUCAGAACUGGAUGUGUGUAAAUUCUGUAAAGUUUUAUGAUAGUUCUUGACAUUGAAUUUUUUAUUGUUAGUACAUCUUAGAGCAAAACAAGUAAAAAAGUGGACAAGUUUAAGUGUUUCUGCCAGUUACAGGCAGACCUAUUGUGUACUGCUGAGAGAUAAGACUUAACCUUUUUCAUUCAGAUUAUAUAAUUUUGUAAAACCAAUGAAUCUGUCACACCUGUAUAGUGUCAUUACUAUAGCAUCAGCCUUUUACGUUGAACUUUGAUUAAUUUAAUAACAAAUUUGAAGAGUGACCAAAGAAUUAUUAGAACUGGCCCAUGAAGAACUGAAUGGAGUAGUAUCAUGUUCUUUGCCAUCAUGACUGAAGAUAAUAUGAGCUGUUAAACUAUCAGAAAUAAAAUUUGAAGAACUUAA